AUGAAUAGUAGUGAGGAUUACGGUUAUGACUACGAUUAUCUCUUCAAGAUAGUGCUAAUUGGCGAUUCAGGUGUCGGAAAGUCUAAUCUGUUAUCUCGGUUUACCACGAAUGAGUUUAACCUCGAGUCUAAGUCGACAAUAGGCGUUGAAUUUGCCACAAGAACUAUAAAAGUCGAGGAUAAAAAAAUUAAGGCACAGAUAUGGGAUACUGCUGGACAGGAAAGAUAUCGUGCGAUCACAUCUGCCUACUAUAGAGGUGCUGUCGGUGCCCUAAUUGUCUAUGAUAUUAGUAAAUCCGGCACAUACGAAAACUGUAAUCAUUGGUUAACCGAGUUAAAGGAAAAUGCAGAUGAUAAUGUGGCAAUUGGUCUGAUAGGUAAUAAAUCUGAUUUGGAACACUUACGUGCAGUACCAACUGAGGAAGCCAGAGGUUUUGCGUCUGAAAACCAGCUUUUCUUUACUGAGACAAGUGCAUUAAAUAGUGAGAAUGUGGAUUUGGCCUUUAGGGAACUGAUAGAACAAAUUUACAAGAUGGUCAAUAAGCAUCAAGUUGAUCUGGGAGAGAAUGCUAAAGGUAGUAGUGGCGCUCCUAAAGGACCUACUAUUAGUCUAGCACCGGUGCCUGGUGAGAAAAAAAAGAAGAGCAAAUCAAAUAGCUGUUGCUAG